AUGGCGGCCACAGCUCCUGCUCCCCGCGAGCGCAGGCCCUCGACCAGCGCCCCCAUCUCCGACCUGCAGGGCCCCGUCGGCCCCAGCUUCUCUCGCCCCAAGCACAAGCGCACCGUGACGGGUUUCGGCCCCAGCGACAUCCAGAGCGUCGAAGCCAGCAUCCCAGAGCCCCAGCGCGAGGCCUGGAGGAAGUUUAUGCCCAAGCCGUUCAGCACGCCCGAGGACUUUGAGAAGGAGGCGGUCAGACACAUUGAGACGACGCUUGCACGCUCGCUGUUCAACUGCGAUGAAUCCGCGGCGUAUGCGGGUACGGCGUUGGCGUUCAGAGACCGAUUGGUCUUGGACUGGAAUAAGACGCAGCAGAGUCAGACAUUUGCUGACCAGAAGCGCAUUUACUAUCUGUCCCUCGAGUUCUUGAUGGGACGAGCCCUCGACAAUGCUAUGCUCAAUGUUGAGCAGAAGGAUGUCGCCUCCAAGGGUCUCGCCGACCUGGGCUUCCGCAUGGAAGACGUCAUCUCGCAAGAGCACGAUGCCGCGCUCGGCAACGGCGGUCUCGGACGUCUGGCCGCCUGUUUCCUCGACUCGAUGGCUUCGCUCAACUACCCGGCCUGGGGCUACGGUCUGCGCUACCGCUACGGAAUCUUCAAGCAGGAGAUUGUGGACGGAUACCAGGUCGAGGUGCCAGACUACUGGCUCGACUUCAACCCGUGGGAGUUUCAACGCCACGAUAUUGUCGUGGACGUGCAGUUCUACGGCCAUGUCAAUCGCUGGCAGGACGAUGAGGGCAAGCAGCAGAGCUCGUGGGAGGGCGGCGAGAUUGUCCAGGCGGUGGCUUUUGAUGUGCCUGGUGAGUUGACGAAGGAUGAUUUCCCUGGAUACAAGACUGGCACCUGCAACAACCUCCGUCUGUGGGGCAGCAAAGCGGCGAGCGGCGAGUUCGACUUCCAGAAGUUCAACUCGGGCGAGUAUGAGAGCUCAGUGGCGGAUCAGCAGCGUGCUGAGACGAUUUCUGCCGUGCUCUACCCCAACGACAAUCUCGAGCGUGGAAAGGAGCUCCGCCUCAAGCAGCAGUACUUCUGGUGCGCUGCGUCACUGUACGACAUUGUCCGCCGAUUUAAGAAGGGCAAGAAGGCCUGGAAGGAGUUCCCCAACGCCGUUGCCAUUCAGCUCAACGACACUCACCCAACGCUUGCCAUCCCGGAGCUUAUGAGGAUUCUCCUUGACAUUGAGGGUCUGGAGUGGGAUGACGCCUGGAACAUCGUCCAGAAGACUUUUGGAUACACCAACCACACUGUCCUGCCUGAAGCGCUCGAGAAGUGGUCUGUACCGCUCAUGCAGCAUCUUCUUCCGCGCCACUUGCAGAUCAUAUAUGAGAUCAACCUCCAGUUCCUCCAACUGGUUGAGCGAAAUUUCCCCAAGGACCGCGACAUGCUUGGUCGUGUCUCGAUCAUCGAGGAAUCGCAGCCAAAGAUGGUACGCAUGGCAUACCUGGCGCUGAUCGGCUCGCACAAGGUCAACGGUGUGGCUGAGCUGCACUCCGACUUGAUCAAGACCACCAUCUUCAAGGACUUUGUCAAGAUCUACGGACCCGACAAGUUCACCAACGUCACCAACGGUAUCACACCCCGAAGAUGGCUGCACCAGGCCAACCCCAAGCUGUCAGCUUUGAUUGCAUCCAAGCUUGGCGGACACGAGUUCCUCAAGGACUUGACUCUGCUGCACAAACUGGAGGCAUUCGUUGACGACAAGGAAUUCCGCAAGGAGUUCCGCGACAUCAAGUAUGCCAACAAGGUACGCCUUGCAGCGCACAUCAAGGAGCACCAGGGUGUCACAGUCAACCCAGCAGCGCUGUUCGAUGUCCAGGUCAAGCGUAUUCACGAGUACAAGCGCCAGCAGCUCAACAUUUUCGGUGUCAUCCACCGCUACCUCCAGAUCAAGGCCAUGUCGCCAGAAGAGCGGAAGAAGCUCGUACCGCGUGUGUCGAUCUUUGGUGGAAAGGCUGCGCCCGGAUACUGGAUGGCGAAGACUGUCAUCCACCUGGUCAACAAGGUUGGUGAUGUCGUGAACAACGACCCCGAUGUUGGUGAUGCGCUGAAGGUCGUCUUCAUUGCAGACUACAACGUCAGCAAAGCGGAGAUCAUUACUCCUGCCAGCGACAUCAGCGAACACAUCUCUACUGCCGGUACCGAGGCGUCGGGAACUUCCAACAUGAAGUUCUGUCUCAACGGUGGCUUGAUCAUUGGUACCUGCGAUGGUGCAAACAUUGAGAUCACCCGCGAGAUUGGCGAGCAGAACAUCUUCCUCUUCGGCAACCUCGCAGAGGACGUUGAGGACCUCCGCCACGCUCAUCUGUACUCACAGUACCAGCUCGACCCACAGCUCGCCAAGGUCUUCGAUGUCAUCCGCAAGGGCAUGUUCGGCGACGCCGACCGAUUCUCCGCUCUGCUCAAUGGCAUUGUCGAGCACGGCGACUACUACCUCGUCUCGGACGACUUUGCGUCGUACAUUGAGACGCAGGGACUCAUCGACGAGAGCUACAAGAACACGGAGGAGUGGACGAGCAAGUGCAUCACGACUGUGGCGAGGAUGGGCUUCUUCUCCAGUGACAGGUGUAUUGAUGAGUAUGCUGAGGCGAUCUGGAAUGUGGAGCCGCUUGUUCCCAAGGAGGAGCCUGCGCCUUUGCCCUUCAUUGAAAGACGUGGCCAAUCAAGCGCUGGACCCUGGUGCCUGCUCCGAAUGAUCAGCCGCACAGACGCGACGCGCGACGUCAACCGCAAUCUGGCCGCAGAAGGGCAGCAAGCUCGACACACGAGAGCUCCAAACAUCACCAUCAUGGCCAACAGAGGGUAUGACGUUGUCGUUGAUGUCGACCAAGAGGUACACUUCGACACCCAGCCCGCUCGCGGCGCCCCCAAAAUCCAACCCGACUCCACAUCCUUCCUGCCGGGCCCAACCACCUCGGCGCCCUCCUCCGGCCGCAAACACUACCUCUGGACGCUCUCCUUCUACGCGCAAGCCUUCGACGUCGACACCGCUGAGGUCCUGCGCCGCUGCACAUCUGCCAUCUACCCGCGCGCCAACUUCCUCGACGUGUUGGAGGGGAACCCCGAUCUUUACGGGCCCGUGUGGAUCGCGACCACCGUCGUCGUCAUCCUGUUCCUCACCGGCACGAUCAACCAGUACCUGAGUCAGAAGGGGCUGGGCAAGUUUGAGUAUGAUUUCAAGCUGUUGAGCGGGGCCGCGGGGCUAGUGUAUGGGUAUACGGCGUUUGUGCCCGUGGGGCUGUGGGCGGUGCUGAAGUGGUAUGGCAGUGAGAGCGCGAAUUUGCUCGAAUUCCUCAACUACGUCUUCGUCGCGCUGGGUCUCGCUUUCUCCGCUUUCUUCCUGCUACGCAACUUGUACCCCGUGCUGAGUACUACCGAGGCGAAGACGAGCAAGGCGCUGCUGAUUGUGGUGCUUGCGUUGCAUGCCGGGUUUGCGAUUGCGAUCAAGGUGCUGUUCUUUGCGUCGACAAGUCCGAUUGGGGAUCCUAAGGGUGGUGAGGCGGGAAAGGGAGAGGGCGAGGGGAAGGUUUUGAGGGGGUUGAGAGUUGAUGUAGAGGAAAAGAGGAAGAGGAAGAGGAAGAUCGCAAGAAGAUUCAAAGUUCUAGAGUUGUACAAGAUAUCCAAUGGCAUUUAUAUCGUUCUUGCGCCUGCGAUUACGCCGACGGCUUUCGCUGACAGCAAGGCAACGCUCGUAUCCGCGAAUCAGCCCACCUCAGGCCUCGGCCUGCGAACCUCAGCCUCAUGCACCGCCCACUACAUCAAGAACAAAAUGAAGUCUCCACGAAUUACCGUAACAUCAAAUCUGCACGCCGCACUUCUGGAAUACCGCUCCCGAGCCAUCACCAUCCCACUAUGGGUCGAUGCGCUCUGCAUCAACCAAUCCGACGUCUCCGAACGCACCUCCCAAGUCCGCAUGAUGCAAGAAAUAUACUCCAAAGCCUCAUGCGUAGUCAUCUGGCUCGGCUCCGCCCACCCAACCGACGAUGUCGCCAUCCAAUUCCUCAAAAUCAUCAACCAGCCCUGGGCCACCAUCACCGACCAAUACGGCCGCAAAAUCCCGCUCUUCACCAACCAAGACGCGCCCGCGCACGACGCGGAAAUCGGCGUCAAAGUCGCGGAUAGCGACUUCGAUGCGCUGGCCACCUUCCUCAUGAGGCCGUGGUUCAGCCGCAUCUGGAUCGUGCAGGAACUCAUUUGUGCGCAGAAAACGACCAUGUGGUGUGGUGCUGCGACGCUGGAUGAUUUCCCUGUCCUCGAGGCGGCGUCGCGCCUCAUGCACAUGCCGAAUACCGACGCACGCACGCAGAUUGCUACUACGGCGCUGCCGGAUCCGGAAAUGCAGUACACGGGCAGAGUGAAACUGGCGUGUGCGGGGCGGCUGGAGAUGCUCAGGAUCGUGAGGGAACAGGGCAUGGGGGGUAUUGCGAAUCUGCUCAUGGCGACGAGGUCUUUUGAUGCGACGGAUCCGCGGGAUAAGAUCUUUGCGCUGGUUGGGCUGGCGGAUGAUAUUGGGACGGAGUUUGUGGAUUAUGCGAAGAGUUAUGAGGAGAUCAUCACGGAGUUAAGUCGGAUGUUGUUGGAUGGGACCAUUGGUGGUACUGCUAAAAACGAAUGUGUGCUGGAUCUCUGGUCGUACAUUACGCUCAGCGAGGAGGAAGAAGAGUCCACCAGGCCGAGCUGGGUGGUGGAUUGGCUUGCGCUGAAGCAUAGUGGGUACACGCCGCUGGUCUCUCAAUACCCCUCUGAGCCCCCGGUGAUUCAGAAGAAGCCGGAGAUGGAGUUCACAAAGGAUGAGUCUGGGCAAGACAUCCUUCACAUCCGCGCCAGCCUCUUCGACGCAAUAACCCACAUCGUCCCCUCCCCCCUCGGCGCGCGCGCCCUCGUCCCCCAAUCCUCCAUCAUCACUCUCGCAUCCAUUCCUGAAACCUCCGCUUGGUACUCCCGCAUCCUCUCCCUCGUCGACUCCAAGGACACCCUCAUGGACGACACCGUCGCCUACCCCUUCACUGGCACCACCCUCUACGAAGCCUUCUGGCGCACCCUCUGCUGCAACCGGUCAUCCAUCAACCUCUCCACCGCCCCCGAAGACGACACCAGCUACGUAGCCACGUGCGAACUCCUCGAGUCCCAGCGCCAGCAACACGCCCAGGAGCAAUCCUACCGCCGCACCGCACACGUGCGCAAGCGCAUUUCCGCCGUGGCCUUCACGGCAGCAACAGCGUGUCUCACCUACCGUCUCAGACGCUACAAACUCUCCAUCUUCCUCCCCCUCACCCUCCCCCUCGCUGUCGAAUGUCUCAACAUUGCAUGGGACGUCGCCUUAAAUCUCGUCCUACUCUCCAUGAACAUAACCUAUCAAAGAGCCACACAGGCCACGCAGAUCAAGUCGCGCGAUUUCGAGGGCAGCCAUAGUAUGUGGACGCAGGGCCGCCAGUUUGGGUGCACGCGGUUGGGCUUGAUGGGCUGGGUGCCGGUGGCCGCGCGGGUGGGGGAUAUUAUUGGGUCGGUGACGGGGUGCAGGGUGCCGUUUAUUUUCAGGCACAGGGGGGAUGGGUGGCGGAUCAUUGGGGAAGCGUAUUUCCAUGGGAUUAUGGAGGGCGAGAGUGAGGCGGAGGGGGUGUUGGAGGGGGAGAUGUUGAGGAUUGUUUAG